CUUUUUUUUCUCACUAUCAUUUGUGUUUAUUUUUAUAUUGUUUUUUGUACGAUGUCCUGUGGCGUUGGUAAUACUCAGGGCUGGUGCUUUGAUCAGUAUCCACUGUUCACCAGUCCUUUUUGCAGCCUUCUUUGGCACUUUUUUUUCUGAAUAUUUUUAUAUGUAUAAAAAACUGGAAGUUGCAAAUAAAGUUUAUUAUUAUUAUUAUUAUUAUUAUUAUUAUUAUUAUUAUUAUUAUUGCGCUCUAUAUAUAACCUUCCAUUCCAUUUAGUGGCAAUGAGUUUAAACAUACUAGAUACAUUCAACUGUUAUUCCGACUUUUAUUCCUCAUAUAUUUUAUAGAAUGAUGUUACUGGCCUUUUUUAUCUAUACAGCUCUAUACAGCUUCCAAAUUUACCCUGCAGUUAAUUUCGACUCUUCAAAUUUUGUGGUUUUGCUCUUCAACAUGACCUCUUCAACAUUUUCCAGUUGUUUUUUAUCCCGGUUCUCUCUCGCUUUGGGCAGUUCCAAGUUAACUGCGUCACUCUCCCCUAUUGUGUACAGUACCAAUGCUUCUUUAACUGACUUGACCCUGUGUAUCUUCCAUCCUAUUGUUGAGCCUUGAAAAAACUUGUAAUUGUUGAUGACUUGAUAAUUAAAAGAUUUUAUUAACAAACUCGUUACCACUUAGUACACUCAUAAAAAAUUUGCUCGUCAUUCAGUCAUUCGUUAGGGUCAUAAAUUAUUUUCUUAUAUGUAGGCAUUUUCUGUUUUCUCUGUUCCAUGUAUCGGGCGAUACCACACAACGAAGAUUUUGGAUGGACCGUGGCACCUACCCUAAACGCGAGGAUGAUGAAUUCGGGCCAGCACCUAUACUUUUAUCAUAGUCUGUAACAGACCUCUCCACUAGCCAUAUCAGGUGUAUAAACGAAAUGCAGCAACCAGUGAUGGAAGGAGGAGAGGCGUAUGAGCCCUCCGUCAGAAGUUAUGACGAUCUUUUCCCAGCUCUACCAAAAUCCACCCCUCAACAACUUAACAACUCCACCUUGGGCCAACGGGGAAGUAUCAAUAAUAAAAUGAGAGUUGGAUCAUCGACAAUCACACAAGUUUUCAUAGUUCCAUUUGAAGAGCGUAAAAUGGAUGUGCAGAAAUUCGGCGAGGGCGAAUCCAACCAUAUAUGUGGCAAUAUCAUGAAGGAAACCGGAGCCCACAUCGAAAUUUCGCAUGCAAAAGACCAAUCGCUUACGUUUUUGGUCACCGGAAAGCAAACUGAAGUUCUUGAAACACGCUUAACAUGACAGUAUUAAGGU